AUGUCAGGGCGGCAGGAGUCGCAGUCCUUUGCUCCUCCCCGAAAGGAUGGUGGGCGCCGAACGCUGCUCUUCUUCACCCCAUCUCACGCCCUGCGCGAGCGUGUCAUGGGCUUUUCCAUCACGAAUGAGAAGCUGGAGAUGGUGUCCAGCUUCAUUGCGGAGAACGCUGUGCUGGGCUGGGAUCGAUUACCCAGCACGCCAGAGUUCAAGGCGCGGUACAAGAACCACCUAGUCGGCAGCGGCCUCAAGUGGCUACGGCGGGUGCACAAGGUCGCGCCCGUGUACAUGUACCACGAGCCUUCCCGCGAGGUUAUCUAUCGAUUCUUCCCGCAUUUCGCGCUGCCGCUGACGGAGCGGGAAAAGAAGGGGCAGCCGACGUGGGGGGUGGAGGAGGGGAGCGGCAGCCGUGCUGAGGCAUCCUCCUUUGGCGACGGCCGUGCUCCGUCUUCAUCCAGCGAUGAGGAACAGCUUUACGGGGAGUGGGGUCGUACUAGCGGCGGCGACGGUGGUGGAGUGCUUAGUGCGACCGCAUCAGCAGCAUCCGAACCAUCGCUACAGCAACGCCGCAGCUGCCGCCGUCACUACCCCCUCGAUCACUACUACGCGCGCAAGCGCCGCCUGGAGGCAGCAUUCCCUAGCGUGGCGUUCGACCUCCAACUGGUGCGCCAGCUCGUCCAGGAGUCCCCGGAGCGCCGGCUGCUGAUGCAGGAUGCCGUGCACGCCAUUCUUGCCGCCCACGGCCUCUUUCUCACCCGCUGGGAGGACUUCUCGCGGACUGAGCGGAUGCACCUGCGGCGCCUCAUGAGCGUGGCGGGCCUCAGCAUCGUGGUCGCCUCCGUCACCCUGCGCGGACAUCUGCGUGAACUGCGUUUAGUGAUUCCUUCGGAGGACCUUGUACGACAGGUGUCCGCCGCAUCAACGUCCGCAUUGUCCUCCGCCCCUGUGAAACCACGAGCACGCGGUCGCGCUGUAGCGUACGACGUCGAGGAGGGAGAGGAAACACGCGAUUUGUACCCGAGCGGCAGUGAUAGGGACGACAACGAGGCAAAGCAUGGCCAGGAUGGCGACACCAACAGUAGGGAUGAGGCCGUGCUGCGGAAACAGCUCGUGGCCGCUCCUGUGAUCCUGCGGGCAGACCGCGAGCAGGCUCGCGGUGGAGCGGCCGAGAAGCUGGAUCUCGAUGAUGAGGGGGAUGGGGCUAGGUACAGCGCCGGCGACGAGGACGACGAUGAACAGGGCGAUGACGCUCAAAGCCAGGCUGCGGGGCCGCUCCCGCACCCGUCGACUCGACACCAGCAGGCGGAGGCCGUGGCGGUGCUUCGUGUUGAGCCCAAUCAGGCACUAGAGAUACAGGCCGCCCACGAAGCGGAGCGACGCCCGCUGUCGCUCACCGCCGCAGUACCGCGUGUUCGGUUUCACAUGCCGUACAAGCAGCGGAGCAAAGCCCUUGGCGGCUUCCUCGAGAGGUAUGCAAAGACGCGUGGCACGCUGGUCACGCGGUAUCUGCUGCUGCGGCACACCAAGGUGCUCACGCUCGUGUACGCGCCGCGGCCACCGACGGGGCUGCCCGCGCAAGGUCCGUGCCCCGUCGAGGCCACUGCUGCGACCGUGGUAAAGAAAGAACAGGGCGACCCACACCAUACCGGUGAGGGUGUUGCGCUCGCAACGGCGGCAGCGGCGCCCCUGCCACUGUCUCGCACGCUUCACUUCGAGCCCAGCGAUCCGCGGCUUCCCAAAGGCCUGUCCGCCUACUCAGUCAACACAGUGCUGGACGUGCUUGUGCAGGCUGCUCCGCACUACGCGGCGUCGGUGCCGCGGCUCAUGCAGAGCAUCGACGUCUCCACCCUAAACCGACGCGUCCUACCGUUUCUGCGCCACCUCAAAUACGUCCACACGACCGCAGUCGCCCAGCGUGGGCGGAAGCACGUGGGGCUGGUGGCCUUGGUACCCGCAGAGGGAGAGACGCGGCCUAGCAUGCUCAGCGACACGGCGAAGCAGGCUGUGCUGGACGCUGAGGCUGCUGCUGCUGCUGAACUGACGAGGAGGAUCGCACGACUGCCCGUGCCGCCGUCUGCGGCGAGCGGCAAGUCGAUUCCCUCGGAUAUGGUGCUUCAGAGCCUCCCGGCUGUGGUGGAGGGCGCCCGCCGAUCAACCUUGGGUGAGCGUCUCAUCGAGGUGCAUUCCGCAGCUACCAAGGCGGUAAAUCGAGUCAUGGCAGUGCGCAACGGCUACGCGCGGAGCUUGGUGCAGCGGAUGUCGCGUCUUCACCUCGAGCUGUGGUACCAGCACUACCGCUAUCCCACCGACGGUGCGGUGUCUGGUGCGGCAGCAGGUGCCGGCGGCGUGCGUGUGCGGGAGAUGUACGCUCGCAUGACCCUCAGCACGUUUGUUAUCGUUGUUGGUCUUCCACAGGCCGACCUUGGGCAUGUGCUCGGCCGCACCGAUGGCGUGUGCGGCUGGUCCACGCCCCUCCGUGAUCUCCCGCCCAGCAUGUACGGAUGGUGCGUACAGCGGGGAACGCAGAUGCUGCUCGCGUGUCUGCAGGGGCUGCACGACCGUCGGCUCAUCCGCUCGGCACAGGGGGGUUCCAACAGCUUCCUCUCCCCUGAGGCAUGCGACGACGUUGCCUACGCGCUAGAACCGCAGUGCACCGUGGAUGGCUACACGCACUACUUCAUGUCCGCCCCACCCACCGCCGCCGCCUCGCUGUACGCGUGCAUGCGCUACUGGCUUCCGUUCUGGAGUGCGAUAGGGCAGCCGUCGCGCAGGCUUUCAUCGCAGCUCCUGGAACUGGAGUCGAAUGCUACGGUGACGCAGGUGGUGGCGCUCUCCAAGGUGUUGCGACAGGACCCCAGCAUUUUGGCUGCGCAACUCUACCAAAGCGGUGGACUACCGCUGGAGUCGCGGCGCAGCACCAGCCUCAGCGACGUCGCCGCCGGCGCAACGAGACGUGGAGCCGAGCUGCGAGGCGUAUCUGGGCGACGCAGCAUCUUUUCCUCUGCUUCCCUGUUUGUACGCGAGCGUCGCGGCCGUGCGGAUGACGGAGACAGCACUUGUCCGACGACGACGGCAGCCAGCGGCCGUCACGUUGCGCGGCAGCGUCCCCGCAAGGCGCCCCGCACGGAGAUCAGCGGACUCACCGUUGCUGAGGCACUGGACUCUGCAUUCCACCACUUUGCGGCUCUCAAGCGCGUAGAGGAGGUGGUGCGCCUUGUGCUGCGCGGCCGCAGCGUCCACCUCUCGCACCACCCACUCUUCUGUGUGCCGGCGACGCUGCCAGCAGUGCUGGUGCGGCGGCACGGAGGCGCGGAGGUCAGCAACACGCUUCUUUGCCCCUCCAGCGGUGGCGGCUGCGGAGGCGCGGUGGCCCCUACGGAAUUCAGUCUGAUGAGCGCUGGUCAGGGCGGCGGUGCGUACAAUCGGCUGGUGAGCACGUCGACGAUGCACAUGGCAGUACUCGCAGAGACGCUGCGCGCUGUGCGGAACUCGAACGCCACCCGCAGAGGCCACCAGGUGCGGCACACCUCGUCCAUAGAGACGCUUCGCGAAGAGGUGGAAAGCGUGUACGCACCACGAGCGGCGGCUUCUACCGCUGCUGCUGUUGCUGCCACCACCGAUGUCGCACCCGCGCAAUCGUGCGCUGCCUCGGCGCCUCUCUCACCACCUCUAAUCUCGCUGCCUCUGUCUCCGCAUACGUCAGGGACGUGGUUCUCUUCUCCGGCGUCGUUACCGUUGCUGCAGCUGGAGGACGGCUUCGAGGUGGUCGCCGAUAUACUGCGCAUGAUUGUUUUCUGCGACCAGGCCCACUACCGCGCCAGUGUCGCGCGUUCCCUCUUGACGGCACUGAACGCACCCUGGCUGGUGUCGCGUGCGCGCGCAUUCCUGCAGCGACUGCCGGUGUUUCGCCGGGCGCGGCAGCAGAACAUCCGCGUGCCGCAGUUGUCGCUGGCGCAGAGCCCGUAUGUUCUACCGCUCAACGCACUGCGCACCGCACCACGCCUGUGCGCCAAUAUGGCUGUGCUGCACCAGUGGGUGCAGGAGGCGGAUGCGGUGGCUGGGGCGGUGGCUGGAGGCCGCGAGAGCCCCGUGAUGGUGUGGGCACACGCGGAGAUGAGCUCGCUCCUCGCAUCGGGGGCGCAGGAGUCUUUGCAGCGCACGCCGGCAGCGGCACUGGAGCUCCUUCAUCAGCCCUCGAUGGACCAAGCGCACCUGUCGAUGGCGACGAACGCGGUGCGGGAGAAGAUGACGCGGCUUCCUUUGCCCCAGUUGGCGUGGCCGCCAGAGGCUGUCGCGUGUGAGGGGCUCCUGCGGCGGCAGCGCCCUGGCGGCGCAGAGGGAACCGAGAUCGGCGAGACAGAUGUGGUGAUCAACACCGUCGCGGCAGGACGUGAUGGUCAGCAUCGCAAGCGGAAGCGCUCGUCCCCAGCACGGGGUGGCAACGACGAAUCUAGCGGUGAGGAGGACAAGGACAGCAGCAGCGAGAGCAGCGACGACGACGGGGACAGCGUUGCGGUGACCCGCGCAGAAGCGGAAGCUGCCCGUCAGCUGUACCCGGCCCGCACUAUCCGCAACUAUGGCGACCCGCUAUACUUACAGGAUCUUCCGAUCGACGGCCCUCCAACCGCGGCGGAGCAGCGCGCUGUCGAGGCGUGCCGUGAGGAGCUCAGCAGCGGCGCAUUCGCAUCGUUUUCGCCUCUCCAUCGUCACCAUGACGGCAGCCACAGCCGUGAUGGAUGUAGCCUGAUACCGUACCCUAGCAUCUUUCAUCACGUGGACGGCAGUUGGCACUCAUACAUGUGGCAUCUCGUCGUGCACACUGUCUACCGCUACAUCUUGCGUGUGCCGGGGAUUCGCCACGUGGAUCUGGAGGGGCGAGUAUUGGCGAGUGGUGUGGUGAGCCAGCGGGCGCUGUGGGCGGUGGUGCGGUUUUUGAUUGACCACCAGCUUUUGCUGUGCCUCGAGGAGGAACUUGCGCAGCCCCUCUGCACCCCAGGCGGCGGUGUACUCGGCGACCCGCCACGGCUGCGCAGUCCAUUUCACCUGCGCAAGCGCCCCCGGCCUGACGCCGCGCCGUCGUCCCUGUCAGCACCAGUUGGCGAGCACGACAUUUCACGCUGGCGGAGGGAUGACGAUGCCUGGCUAGGCCGCACUCGAGGCAACUGCUGCUAUCAUCCUACCAUACCGUUAGAAGGGCUGCGCCUCGCCUUGUCCCCGCGUCUGCUCGACCCGCUGUCCCCGUGA